ACAAUCAUGGCGAUCUAUUUUCCAUUUUGCCCUUUUUUGCUCACUAAAGUGGCGAAUUACUAAAUAAAUUAGUGAUCAUAAAGAUCAACUUCAAGAACUAGAUCUCAACACAGCCCUAUCGCACAUGAAACAGCCUGUGAAAGUCACACACCUAUAAUCUACAGUUUUCAAGCCACCAUGUCCCUGAAGCCGCGGCGAGUAGAUUUCGAGUCGACAUGGUCCACCUUGCUUGAGACUGUAGAGGCAGUGAUCACGUGUAGUGCUGUCUCCAGGAAUGUCUUCCAAGACCGAUUCUCUGAUGUUUAUGCUCUGUGCGUGGCCUACCCCGAGCCCUUGUCUGACCGACUUUACCAGGAGACCAAGACAUUUCUGGAGAAUCAUGUCAAAAAGCUUUACAGCCUGGUGACGGAGGGAGGUGAGGAGAAUUUCCUCAACGUCUAUCAUCAACACUGGCAGGAGUUCAACGAAGGUGCUACCUAUCUCAAUCAGUUGUACGGAUAUCUCAACACACAGUUCAUAAAGAAACAAAAAUACAGCGAUGCAGACCUUACAUAUGGAACAUACGGCAUCGAACUUACGGAGCAGAUGCUGGAGAUCGGAGAACUGGCCCUGGACACAUGGAAGCGACUAAUGAUCCAACCGCUAAAGACUCAACUCUUGAAUUUAUUACUGGAGGAAAUAAAGCAGGAUCGCUGUGGUGGUAAUGUCCACCAGUCUGUCAUCCAUGGCGUCAUUAAUUCAUUCGUUAAUGUAGAAUGCUUCAAGAAAAAGACCCCACUGCAGUUAUACGAAGACUUGUUUGAAUGUGCCUUCCUGAACCGGACAGGCGAGUACUACAGAUCCGAAGCCCAGAAACUUCUUGAUCAGUGUAAUUGCUCAGAGUACAUGGAAAAGGUCAUACAGCGACUUGAUGAGGAGAAUUUCCGAAGUCGGAAGUUCCUUCACCCGAGCUCAUACACGAAGGUUCGGCGAGAAUGUCACCAGCGGAUGGUUGCCGAUCAUCUGGGAUUUUUACAUAACGAGUGUAAGGAGAUGGUCACAAAGGAAAUCAAGAAAGAUCUGUCCAACAUGUACCUACUCCUGAACCCCACAUAUUUACCCGGCGGCCUUGGGGUGCUGGUGCAAGAACUUGAGGAUCACAUACGUGAGGUUGGCUUCGAUGCUGUCAAAAAUUCUAGUGGAGAAAAUGCAUCUGGUCAUUUUGUGGAGGCAAUUUUAGAGGUGCAUGCGAGGUUCAAGGACUUGAUCCAUGAAGUCUUCUACGGUGAUCUGCAGUUCAUGGGUGCCCUCGAUAAGGCUUGUGCAUCUGUGAUCAACCAUAGAGCUAACCCAAGGUUUCCUUGUCGAUCUCCUGAACUACUUUCAAAAUACUGUGAUGCAUUACUAAAGAAAAGUGCCAAGGGCAUGUCAGAGUCUGAAGUUGAUGAUAAACUUGCCAGCUCUGUCACUGUGUUCAAAUAUCUCGACGACAAGGACGUCUAUCAACGGUUCUAUGCAAGGAUGCUAGCAAGACGUUUGAUAUAUGGCCAGUCAAUGUCAAUGGAUGCAGAGGAAGCCAUGAUUAAUAGAUUAAAGCAAGCCUGUGGUUAUGAGUUCACUAACAAACUUCAUCGGAUGUUUACGGACAUGAGCAUCAGUUCAGAUCUAAAUAAUAAGUUCAGCGAGUUCAUAAAAGAGGAGAAGCAUGAACUCGGUGUGAACUUCUCAAUAUUGGUGUUACAGGCAGGGGCAUGGCCCAUUGGACAGAGUAACUUGGCAACAUUUGCCAUUCCUCAGGAAUUGGAGAAGAGUGUCCGAACAUUUGAAUUAUUUUACCAGAAAAACUUCAGUGGUAGGAAACUAACGUGGAUGCAUAGUUUCUGCAAUGCUGAACUGAAGUUUGCCUACCUAAAGAAGCCAUACUUUGUGACGAUGGGCACAUUUCACAUGGCCAUUCUAUUAUUAUAUAAUAACGCAAACACGCUGAGCUUUCAAGACCUGCUUAUCAACACCGAUCUACCCGAAAAAGAAUUAAUAAAACAGUUACAGGCUCUCGUGGAAACGAAGAUAAUUACUUCAGAUGGGGAAGAGGUAGAUAAGAAUAGCAAUUUCCUACUGAACAUGAACUACACUAACAAAAGAACCAAAUUUAAAAUUACGGUCGCUGUACAAAAGGAGUCUACACAGGAAGUUGAACAGACGCACAGCAGUGUCGAUGAGGACAGAAAGAUGUACCUCCAGGCUGCCAUAGUUAGGAUCAUGAAAGCCAGGAAACUGUUCAAGCAUAACCAGCUCAUUCAAGAGGUCAUCAGCCAAUCACGAGCACGUUUCGCACCAAGCAUCAGUUUAAUCAAGAAAUGUAUAGAGACACUAAUAGACAAACAAUAUUUAGAGCGCACGCCAAAUUCUUCAGACGAAUACAGUUACAUGGCAUAGUUUACAAGAGAAACUAGGAUUUUCUAUUGAACCUUCGAAAAACAGGAUGAGAUUGGCCCAAACUUGGAUAAAGUUGCCCAAUCCUAUGUGUCAUUCAUUUUCCACUCUUCAGCUGAAAUGACAAACGAAAUCUUUUACCUGAAUCGCUGUUCCCAAUGGGGUAAACUUAUUGUAAUUUAGUGUACACUUGACUUUGGGUAGUUGAUCGGAUUUCAAUACUUUUGGCCAAUUUCACCCUGCUUUACAUGAGGAAACCAGCCCUGUAAAAUAUUUAGUCGCCCUCCAACUUCAAGCACCCCGCUGAUACUACACACAGUGAUGAUCGGCGUAUUUACCUUAUCUACCUAAUGGCCAGCGUAACCAGUGAUAACACUCAGUCAUGAUCACAUGAUGAUGAACUUGGCCCUUACUGUCAUGAGGCAAAAUUAGAAGUAAUUUGGUCGACUACAAGGCAACCAGGAUGUGAUAGCAAGAUCGGUUAUGUAACAACAUAUGUUGACCUCAGCCUUUGGUCGGGCAACUCAGCAGGAGGUUACCUGGCACAGAUAAGCUGAGAGCUAAAGUCAAUAAACUAUUCCUCAGAAACUCUCCCCUCAUCAAAUAUCCAUCCCCGGCAUCUAAGGCAUUUUCCAUUAGUUGGUGGGGGAUGGUUAGGAGAUAAUUUUUACAGGGCUGGUUACCUCAUGUAUGAAAGGUGACAUUAAUUGCAAUGCAAGGGGAAUGAGAUUAACUUGUUCCGUUCUUCUUUGCCGGGGCUGUUUUAAGGUAGUUUGUGAUGGCUGUGUAGAGCUAUCAUUUCACUGUGGAAAAGCGCAUUACUAGCAUACAAUGCUUUACCCACAUGAAGAAGGAUCCGCUGGCCAUAAUUCAUUCUCAUUUAGGGUGGUUAAGCCCUGUCGUAAUGCGGUCACUGUAGAGCGAUACAGAGACAAGACCACAAUUGAUUUUUUAGGCCU